ACCACCACCACCACCACCACAAUGCCCAGCUCAAUCCCCCACAUCCACCUCCUAAGCAUGGACCCCACCUUCGGAACAACCCUACAAGCCCACCUCCCUCCCAGUUCCCCCAUUAGCACAACCUCCCCCCCCUUCCCCACCAUAACAAUCCACCCCUGCGCCCUCUCCUCCCUCCCCCCGACCACAACCGUCACGGCGAUCGUCUCCCCCGCCAACUCACACGGCCGACUAGACGGGGGCUUCGACGAUGCAAUCUCACGCUUCUUCUCCCCCAAGGACGACUACAUGGCGCUGACCCGCCACGCACAAGCGCACCUGUACCGCACCUGGCGGGGCUAUCUCCCGCCGGGCCACUGCGACCUGAUCCCCAUCCCGGGGGACUUCGCGGCGCGGUCCAAGAACACGUUCGGGACGAAGUUCCUGGCGCUGUGUCCGACGAUGCGCGUGCCGCGGGACGCGCGCUGGGAUCGCGAGAUCGUGUAUAAUUGCGUGUGGAGUCUGCUGUGUGCGGUCGAGAGGCAUAAUCGGGUCGCUGGGGAUGGGGAGAGGAUUGAGAGUUUGUUGAUGACGCCGUUGGCGACGGGGUGUGGCGGCGUGUCGGAGGAGAGGUGGGCCAGGCAGUUUGUGCUCGCGAUUAGGCAUUUUGAGUUGGCUGGGGGGGCGGGUGAGGGUGAUGGAGGAUGGGAAGGGCUGGAUUUGGUGCAGGCGUCGGAGGUGGCGAGGGAGGUGGAGGAGACGUGGGCGGUUUGAGCGGGGGGGAUUAUGGUUCUGGUCAGGGAUCGAGGGCUACCUAUGACUAAGUGAAUGAGGGUUCCAUCGGUGGAAUAUGAGUCCCCCCAUGGUUACUCUGCCACUUGUCCUGAUUCAGUGUGGGUUGCACAAAGAUCGCGGUUACCCUUGAGCGACAGCUGCGAGCCCUGGCCCUGGCGGCUGGAUUGUGCCGCCUUCAUUAGAGGUCACUGAACAUGUUCAAACGGAAGCUCCUAUUUAGGACUCUGUCUAUACAAAUUCAUUUCUCGGCGUACACUACUC